AUGGAAAAGGAAGAUUCAUUUGAUGCUGGUAAUUCCACAGUUGUAUCCAUACCACGCAGUGAUUUAGGUACUGGGCUUCAAGAAGAAGAAGAAGAAGCAGAGAAACAGGAAGUUGACGCUGUCGAAUCAAGACACCAAGACCAAAAACAACAACAACAACAACAACAACAACAACAACAACAACAACAACAAUCACAGCAACAGGAAAGUGGGGAAGAAGGAAAUAUUAUUUUAAAUUCCCAAAACAAAAAUUCUCAAGCGACAACUGCAACGACACAUUCUCCAUCCAUUUCUUCCAUUUCGUCCUUGGAUAGUGAUAGUUCAACUGAUAAACUUAUCAAGUCAUUUUCCAAGACCAAAUUGACUGAUAGCAAUAAAGAGAAUCAAGAACCUUUUCAUCCUAACAACUCAACGGAGGAAGAAGGUAGACCAGCACUAAUGGCCACAUCCACAGAAACUAGUGUCGCCACCACUACAACGACCAAAGUCACCAAAUUACCUCAAUCUGUUGCUUCCAAAACCAAUUUCUUUAAUGACUUGACUAAUAAGACUGGAACAACUAGUGCUCAACAACAACCACAGCAGCAAAAGAAGAAACCAAUCAAGUUUACAGUGAGAAAAGUGUCUCGUGAAGCCAUCAGUAGUCCUUCUUCUCCGACACCUGAUGCCAUGGCCCAUGGAUUUAGUAGUAGUAGUAGUCACAGUCACAACCACAGUAGACAAAGCAGCAAUGGUAGUUAUCAUCACAAACCCCCAAUUCCAACAUCAGCAAAUACAAGCAUCACUACCAAUACAAAUACAACAUUUACAUCCAACAACUCAUACCAAUCGAAAUCACCACAAAUGUCAGUAUCACCAACGUUAAAUCAACACGAAUUAGAAACGAGUAAGAAAUUAUCUGCAGCUCAACACAAGUAUGAUCAAUAUGAAACCAGAAUUGGUAAAAUUGAUAAGGAAAUCCAGUUUUUAACCAAUUUACUCCCUCCUUACAAUGUUGAUGUUGAUUAUACUACUAGAGUUAAAAUCCAACGAGCAAUUGAAAAGUUGCGGGGUAAACAAGAUGAAUUGGCUAGAAAAAAGUAUGGAUUGGGUAUCACUAUUAGUCGACUUUGGCGUGCUAGUGAAGGAAGUGAAAUAUGGGUAAGAAAAGUUGAUUAG